UGCGGGGCCCGGCCUGAGGGAGCGGCGGCCCUAGGACCGGCCCGGCGGCGACAGCCAGCAGCGGGAAAAAACAAAUAAAUACAUUGCCACAAAAUAAAAAUUAAAAGGAAAAAAAAAAAAAACGAACCAACCGAAACCGGGAAAGCCAGCAGCCCCGGCAACAGCAGCAGCAGCACCGCCACCACCAGCCCGCAGCGCUCGCCCGCCGCCGCCGGCCCGCGGGAACAACCGGCCGCCGCCAAGAGCUCCGGGACGCCCCGCCGCCCACCAGAUAGAUGUGCGGUCCCGCCGCCCGCACGGCCGACGAUGAACGCGCAGCUGGCGAUGGAGAACAUCGGCGAUCUGCACGGGGUGAGCCAUGAGCCGGUGCCCGCCGCCGCCGACCUGAUGAGCGGCAGCCCCCACCACCGGAGCGCGGUGGCCCACCGCGGCAGCCACCUGCCGGCCCACCCGCGCUCCAUGGGCAUGGCGUCCAUCCUCGACGGCGGCGACUACCACCACCACCACCGGCCGCCCGAGCACGCGCUGACCGGCCCCCUGCACCCCACCAUGACCAUGGCCUGCGAGACACCCCCCGGCAUGAGCAUGAGCAGCACCUACACCACGUUAACCCCUCUGCAGCCUCUACCUCCCAUCUCGACGGUCUCGGACAAGUUCCCUCACCACCAUCACCAUCAUCACCACCAUCACCAUCCCCACCAGCGGAUACCGGGCAACGUGAGCGGCAGCUUCACGCUCAUGCGGGACGAGAGGGGUCUGGCGUCUAUGAACAAUCUCUACACCCCCUACCACAAGGAUGUUACCGGCAUGGGGCAGAGCCUCUCUCCGUUGUCUGGAUCGGGCCUGGGGAGCAUCCACAACUCCCAGCAAGGGCUGCCCCACUACGCUCAUCCCAGUGCCACCAUGCCCGCCGAGAAAAUGCUCACCCCAAACGGAUUUGAAGCCCACCACCCUGCCAUGUUAGCCAGGCAUGGCGACCAACACCUCACCCCCACCUCCGCUGGCAUGGUGCCUAUCAACGGGAUCCCACACCACCCUCAUGCCCACCUGAAUGCCCAGAGCCACGGGCAGAUCCUGGGCUCUGCCAGGGAGCAAAACCCUUCUGUAACUGGUUCGCAGGUCAACAGUGGAAGUAAUUCAGGGCAAAUGGAAGAAAUCAAUACCAAAGAAGUAGCUCAGAGGAUCACCACCGAGCUCAAGCGGUACAGCAUCCCCCAGGCUAUCUUCGCCCAGAGGGUGCUGUGCCGCUCUCAAGGGACGCUCUCAGACCUGCUGAGGAACCCCAAGCCCUGGAGCAAGCUCAAAUCCGGCCGGGAGACCUUCCGCAGAAUGUGGAAGUGGCUCCAGGAGCCGGAGUUUCAGCGGAUGUCUGCUCUGCGGCUUGCAGCGUGCAAGAGGAAAGAACAGGAGCACGGCAAGGAUAGAGGGAACACACCCAAAAAGCCUCGGCUGGUCUUCACCGAUGUCCAGCGUCGAACUCUACAUGCAAUAUUCAAGGAAAACAAGCGUCCGUCCAAAGAAUUACAAAUCACCAUUUCCCAGCAGCUCGGGUUGGAGCUGAGCACCGUCAGCAACUUUUUCAUGAAUGCACGGAGGAGGAGUCUGGAUAAGUGGCAAGACGAGGGCAGCUCCAAUUCAGGCAACUCAUCUUCUUCAUCAAGCACUUGUACCAAAGCAUGAAGGAAUAACCACGGACUGAAACCUCGGUGGAAAAGCUUUAAAAAUAAAUAAAUAAAUAAAUAAAGACAGACCAGGACCUCAAAAUAGCAGGUUUAUACUUAAAACUAUUUGAAAAAAAAAUAUUUAUAAGUCCAAAGAAACCAAAGACUUAUUUCACCUGCAUUAUGACUUUGUUCUAAGACACACACUUUAGUAGGAUGACGACUUGCAAAAAAAACAGAGAGGAAGAAGGAAGCGAAGCGGAGGGAACGGAAGGGAAAGCAAAGAGAAGAGGAACAGACCACUGGUCUCACACCUUUGCCCAUUAUCAUCUUCACCGUACUUGGCUGUUUAGUGGUUUGGAGCAUAGUGAUUUCCUGUCAUUGAGCAGACAUCUCUUUGGAUCCGGCUCUUCACGUCCACAGCAGUUGCCAUGGAGGUGUCAGUGUGUCCGUCCUGCGUGCACCCAGUGGGUAGGGACUUAGGGCUGGUCUCCAGAGAGGGCUGUGCCAGGGCACGGCCCCCAGAGCGUGGAGUCGUCUGAAUUCCUUGGAACGGUAGUGUGAUUUUUGCUGUUUCACAGUUUGAACUUGGCUGGUGCAAUGCCUCGGAACAAGUUCAAACUAGGCAAAGAAAUUUUGAAUGGUACCUAAACCAGUGCAUUCUCUUUGUUUGUUAAGGAAUGUUCAGAUUUAAAAAAGGAAAACUAUUCCAUCCAUAAAAAAUCGACUAGCUACCAAAGAACACAUUUAAUAAUUGUAUUGCAGGUAUUUUAUUGCAAUGAUUUUAAUAUUCCAAAGCUAUUUUUACACAAAUACUAUGUAGAGUUAUAGGUAUAAACUAAUCUAACUGUAUAACACAUAAAACUUGUAAUCAAGACUGUUAUUUGCAAUUAGUAAAACCACAUUAUCGUUUCUUUCUGUGAUUGGCAAGAAAGAAUGUCACCCGAGGAGAUCACAGACCCCGGCAGAGCACGGGAACCAAGAACGGGAUGCUGCUUCCAUUGAACUCAGUGAGCCCUUUCCUCACUGACUCCAACGGGAGCACGAGAGGGAGCCACGUGUUCGAGCGGUGUGUGGCACCGCGUGUGGCACUGUGUGUGCCACUGUCCCCAGGCGCUGUCCCGGGCUGGAGCCCGGUGCAGCUGUGUUCCAGCGUGGCUCAGCUCUGCCAUCUAGCCUGCGAACAGGAGACCUGAGGCACUCAGGAUGCAAAAAUGAAAGGCAUGGAGGGAUCCAAAACCACAGGGCUCAGCGUCUGAUCAAUACUCAUUGACAUUAGUGAGCUUUUUUUUACCUAUCGACUUUACCAGGCAAAGGAAUAGUAACAGCUUUGACGGCUCGUGGUCCUUUCCCCCUGGAAGCAGCGGUACCACAUCAGUUAAUGUCGUGGGAGGAGCUCCAAGGGGAGCUCCAGGGGUGCUUUUGGAAGGAGGAAUUGUGAUCUCUCUGAAGUCAAGAGCAAAAUUCCCGUGACACCGAGAUACAGCCCGAUGUUUUGUGGCUUUGUAUCUAUGUGUAGCAGGCUGAGCUUUUGUCCCGUGCAUUCUUUCUUGCUCAUCUCUUAGUCAGGAUAAUGCAUGAAAUAGUUUGAAGUUUGUAGCUGAAAAGCUUUAAAUGCUCUGUUGCUAACAGACCCAUAGGAGAAAAAUCAUCCCGUUCCUACUCUGAUAAAAUUAAAGAGAAAAGCGUGAAAUAUCUGCAUAUUAAAUUUUAAGGGAAAAAUAGACUUUAAAAACCAUAGGUGUGCCUGUUAGAUUUCUAACUGGUAUUUCAAAUUUCUGUAGUAAUUAUGCUAGAUAUAUUAAAUUCCAAAAUAAGCAAAUAUGCAGGUAUAGGCCCAAAGCAAGGACUAGAAAUAGGUAAUCUUACUUCCAACCUUUUUCUUUUUGAGGGAAAAAAAAAAAAAAAAACGAAAAAGGAAAAUUCAAGGUAAACUAGAAUCCAAACACUAUAAACAGUAGCAGAUGCUGGUUUGGGGGACAAAGCCCACUCAAAAUACCAGUGACACCAAAGUAGAGCAACUUCUGUAGCACCAGUUGUUUAUCAAAAGGACGGGGUCUAGUCAAGGUUCAGGGUAUACAGUUUAUUUCCACCCAGUGUUUAGAAUAUAGGUGAAAUAUCUCUUUAAAAUCAAGUGAAAUAAACCCUAUAUUUUUGGCACUGAAUAUUUCUCCAUAUUUCAGUAUGUUAAACCCACUUUAAGGCUGACAAGGCAAUUAUCUAUAAAAAUGGCAUCUAAUCUGGACUUUUUUGAGUCUCUAGCUUACCUUAAAUCUUAGCAAGCUUUCUUUUGAAGUGUUGCAUCCCCCAUGGAGACAUAAUUGACAUGAAAACAUUGAUAAGCUCACACAGAAAGUACCUUAUGAAUGCAGUCUCAUUAGUGUAGGGUUAGUAAAGGACAGUGAUAACUAAUGGUUUCGUUUUCUCCAGCAAAACACUGCUUUGUGACGUACCUAUAGUUUAGAGAAUAAAGCCUUAUUUAUUUAAAACUUGAGAAUUUAAAAAUGCAGGGAAAUUCAAAGUACAUUGCCGCAUUUUUAGUAUUUCCAUUGUAUUGUCUUUAUAGACUACUUGCUGAAACCAAAGAGAACUUUCAUACCAGCAUUAAAUUUGCACCCAAUAUGCAAUUUCAGGAUCUCUGAUACACACACAUGCAAGCCCCUAAACAGGACUGUGUAUAUGUACAUGCACACACAUUUUGAUGGGGUGUAUGUACGUAUACACGUGCACACACACGUCCACACACGCUAAUAAUGAUGCACAAGUUGGAGAUUUUAAGUGUUUUGGGUUUUUUACAUGUCUGUUUAAGUAGAUAUAAACCUUUUGGUUUUCUCUAAGCCAUUAGGAACAAACCACUCUUCCCAUGAGCAAUAUGAGCCUCAUACUCUGAAUAGGCAAAGAACACAAUUUCCUUCAAAACAUGAAGCAAAUAACUCUGGAACUGCUCAGUGCACCUGGGAAGCUGUGUUACCUCUGAGCAGGCUGCCCGGCCACACCGACUGAAGCACGGACAGGUUACCUGGUGCUCCCUUGCUCUGACUGGUGCCAUUACCCAACAGGGCAUCCUUGAAGGGGAGUUUCCUCUGAUGCUGCAUUUAACAUUACCCAGGAAACCUGUCUCUGCCUGUUAGUGAUAGUCUUUCAGCUCAUUUCAUUCCUGACAAAAUGGAAGUUAGUUUCAAAUUCGACAAGAGGAUCUAAAACUCUGCCAGGAAGGAAUAGGAGAGGGAGCAGAACCCAAAACAGUUUGGGAGCAUCAGGAGAUGGGGCUUCAGUCAAAGGUGACUCCAAGGGCAAGAGGGCAUUAGGAACAUGCAUUCAGCUAACAGGCUGCAUCCAAACAUGACCGCAGUGACCCACGGGGGGAGGCUGGCCAAGAGGUGAACUGUCCUCAUCCAUCCCCAUUGUAAAUGGCAUCAUUAGAUUUCUAGGAAAAAAACAAAACAAACUAAAAAAAAAAAGAAAAAAAAAGAAAGUCCUCCUUCAGCCUGCCCCACAGUGCUUCUUCAGCCCUGCGUGGCUUCCCAGGGCUGCAGCCUCCUCUCCUUACUCAGGUAAAGCAAACCCCACCAGAGCCAGACAGCAACGGGGCUUCUGCUUGGGAAGUUGUUCCUGCACACCCCAGGCCAGGAGCAAAUUCCCAAGUAGGCAGGGUGGCCUGGCACGAGAGCAGCCCCAGGGCUGCCCUGGGCACCGUUCUUCUCCUGGGAUUUCAGGAAGAGGCCGGUGGUGGUGGGCACUGCCCCGGGGCUGCUGCUGCCCUGAGGGUUCACAAACACUGCUGAGCUUAUACCAAAGAGUCUUAGGACACCUCUUCUCACCUGAGUUGUAAACAGGACAUUUUUACCCCAAAAACGUUCCUUCUUUCUACUACUCUUCCUCCUAUCCUCCUCCUCUUCCUCCUCCUUUGUACAUAGGGAUGAAAACUAUGCAUUUAGCAAACAAAGAGAAAGCACUUACCCUUUUCUAUCUCACUGCGUUUGGGUGCAUUCAAAGGCCCAGGGGCUAAUUUUGAGACUUUGCUUAGCCUCCUGGUUUAUUAUUGUGGUGUGGUUAGCUUUACAAUACAUUUGGUAACUAUUUGCUAAAGACAAAGAAGCAAAAGGUAAGGAAUAGCUACUUCCACGUGUUAAAAAAAAAAAAGAAAAAAAAAAGAAAAAAAAAGUGUGUAAAGAUCUACUAUUUAUAGUGUGAACCAAAGACGCUACCUCACUCGAUUUCCAUUGGUGAUUUUAAUCACAUUGAUGAUACCAAAGAAUACCAAAGAUUUUUCAUGCACGGCCUUGGUCUGGAAAGGGAACUCAUCCUCCUUCUUACCCCCACCCCCUGACCCCCUUCCUCACCUUCACUCAGUGUGUAACCUUGUCUUCAUUCUUAGUGGUAAUGCUAAUAACCUUAUGAAUACUUCUCUUGCUACAACUGCUACUACUGACGAUGAUAAGGAUAAUAAUAAUAAUAAUAAUAAUAAUAAAGCUCUUGGCAAACAUGUUGCAAACUUUGUAAACUCAUAGGACGAGUGCCUUGCUUGAACCAAAGUGUUAAACCGCUGUUGACCUCUUUAUCUCUCACCUUAUACUCUUUGAAUACCUCAGCCUGUUAGAAAGGCCACUAAUGAAAAAAAGGAAUAAUUCUUCACCGUGGUGCUUUUUGCCGUGCAACCAUGCAAUGAAACUUUCUUUGAUACCAAAGGAAAAUGUUUUUUUCCACUUUCUUGCUGACAAACCAAAGGUUCCCUCUUCUUUCCCCCAAAGCAGCUUGAGUCCCUCAGCCCAGACAGGCCGUGCAUCGCUUUUACCAAUUCCUCCAAAUACCUCAUAGUAAUAAAUCUUUAGGGUUAUGUUGUAUAGAGAGUCUAUGUGAUAAGGCAGAACUUACUAGUUUGAUAAUUGUUAAGGUUACUUAUAAAAAAGCUUUAUAAUUCUUAUUUAUUUUGUAGGGGUUGUUUUGUUUGUAUAUUCCUUUUAUAUUGUUUGGUUUGGGUUUGGGUUUCUUCUUUUUUUCCUUUUUUUUUUGGCAGAACUUCUCUGUUAUACUCAAGGAAGAUCUUAUUCCUGGGAAUGUUUCAAAGUGGGUAAAGAUUGCUGUUUGCAAUGAAUGCAAGAAAGGGAAACAUGGCUUCAAUUAUUUUUGUUUCAGCUAGGAUGCUUUGUGUUUGCUAGUCGGUGUUCUUUUCACAGGGUAAAAAAAAAAUAUUCUCUGCUGUGAUAAAUGGUUCCUAUUUUUUCUCUAUAAUGUGCUGUGACUUUUAAUUUAAUUACAUUUUGUAUACGCUUAUUUAAUCACUGCUUUAAUUUAUGACUAUGUAGUUUAAAAAAAAAAUUGUAUAUAGUAGAUUCAAAAAUGGCCAAAGCUUUAUGUUACAAUCUUUUCAUUCUUGAUGCUGAGAUGAACUGAAGGAGAGUGCUUCUCUUGACUGCAGGGUGUAUCUUCAGCCUUGUCUUGGCAUGCACUUCCACCCGUGUUACAAACACUGCCAGGUUACCCCCCAGGCCUCCCUUCCCCCAACUUGUACAUGCCAAAAUGAGUGUUUCAAGGUAGUACUUUUGUCACUUAGAAAGCAGAAAGGCAUUAUUAGCGUGUUUUUUCUUUAAUUUAUUUGUCUUUUUCUAGAAAGAUUGCUUUGUGGGUGAGACCCGCACAUCCAAAGAAUUUAAAAGUCGUUUAAUGUUUAAAAGCACUGGCAUUUGUGAGAGAUUUUGCUGAGUUUUUAUUUUCCUUCGCCAUUCGCACGGGUAGCGCAAGCAAGAAGCGGGCGCGGGCCUCGGGAGAAAAGCUGACUUGAAUCUGGAAACCUUGGGCCUCGGGAGAAAAGCUGACUUGAAUCUGGAAACCUUGGGCCUCGGGAGAAAAGCUGACUUGAAUCUGGAAACCUUGCUCACGGAAAGGCCUUUGCGGCGGGCACUGCAACAGCGCGGGCUCGGGGCCACCCCAGGUCACCCGCUCCCCUUGCAGGGCUGCAGGGAUGGGAUGGGAUGGAUGGGAUGGCUCUGAGCGACUCAGGGCCACCCCAGGCCACCUGCUCCCCUUGCAGGGCUGCAGGGAUGGGAUGGGAUGGAUGGGAUGGCUCUGAGGGACUCAGGGCCACCCCAGGCCACCUGCUCCCCUUGCAGGGCUGCAGGCAGGGUUGGGAUGGCUCUGAGGGACUCGGGGUCACCCAGGCCACCUGGUCCCCAGGUAGGGCUGCAGGCAGGGAUGGGAUGGCUCCAAGGGACGCAGCUGAGUCCAGGGGGAAGCUGCAGCUCCUGCCAGGCUCAGAGGCUGCAGCAGCGCCGUGGUGCCCCAGCUGUGAGGGAGUGCACAGGGAACGGAGCUGCCCUGGCAGCCCCGCAGCUCCAGGGAGGACAAGGCAGCUGGGAGCUGAAAAGCAAAAAAUAAAGGAAGGGUAAUGACAAUGAUACUUCUGCAAAGCUGAUGAUGGCAUCACGGCACAGAGAAUAAGAUGCCACUCACUUGUGGUUUAUUUUGCAUAAAGACUAGAUUCUGGUUCAACUAAACGUUGUGUACUGACACGGUUUGUGCUGGCUGUAAAUAUUUCCUGUCCCGAGCAGUAACUGAGCCCCAGGUGUAGCUCGUUUUCCUCUGAGGGGAUAGUGAAGGGGUUGAGGGAGGGAAGGACGAGGGCAGGGUCUGAGCUUUUGGUGGAAGUUACACUUUCUAGGUACAUUUUUAUACUUCAAGUGUUGAAAUGGGGCAAUAAAGACGCUCUGAAAUGAAGGAUCAUUAAAUGAUCUGUCGGCGGGCAUUGGCUCAGUGUCUGCUUUUAAUCCAGGAGCUAACGCUGUGCAAUGAGUUCUGCUUCACGCGGGGGGGGGAGGCGAAGUACCAGCCUGUGAAUCAGCAUGAGCCAUGAGCCCUGGACACACCGUGCUCGGGGAGCCGCGGUUCCCUGUCCCGUUCCGCUAGUUUGGUUUUUCACGGAAUGUUCUGCAUUUACUGCACUCACUGCACCCUCACCGUGGGGCCGCGUUAGUUUUGCAGCCCGCCCCGAGCAGCGGGGAAUGCGGUACAGCCCUGCCUGUGCCUUGCCUGGGGAGCCCCGAGCCCCCCGCCCGCAGUGCGGGACCCCCGGCCCGCCCCGCCCCGGCCCCGCCGCAGACAAUCACCGGUCCCGGCUCCGCAGGGCUAGGAAAUCUUCCCAGAGCAAGCGGGAAUUCUUCCAGAGCAACGGAACAAAACCAAAAAAAAAAAAAAAAAGAGAAAGGAAAAAAAAAUAGAAAAACAAAAGGAAAAAAAAGGAAAUUUAAAAAAAAAAAGAAAAAUAACGAAUACGAAGCGAAGAUUUUGCUAAAGCCCUUUGCUGCCAUCUUUAGUUCGCCCAUUAGGAAGCAGCAGUAGUUUAUGCGUUGCAUCUGCAUUUCAGACUAAGUGAUUAUUGUACCUAAUUACGGUUGAUUGCUGAUAUUUCCUCACUCUCUCUCUUAGUCAAGCGCUUCUUCUGUAUUUUUGUGUGUAGCGAUGACAAGUGCAGUGCGCUAGGCAUUGCCCUGGGUUGGGUAUGAGUAUCUCCUGUACUGCGUUAAGAUUUCCUUAAGUUACUUUUUUUAAGCUUUGCUACUGUUCUCACUUUAUGCCGUGCAAUAUCAUCUGCUGUGUUUGCUAAGCAAAAAAAAAAAAAAAAAAAAAAAAAAAAAAAAGAAACAAAAAAAGAGAAAAAGUGAAAAAAAAAAGAAAAAAGCAAGUGAUGAUGUCAUCAUGCUUUUCAGUGUUACAAUGUUUCAGCGUUACAAUGUUUCAGCGUUUAUGUAGUCACAAAAAUGUAGUAAAUAAAAGGUUGGAUUUUCCAGCACUUUAAAUUUA